AGGGGUCCUUUACCUUUUAGGAGGAACUAGGGAGGGUCAUGUCGGAGACUCUUUCCCAGGUUACAUUUCUGCCCCGGACUCAGAUUCCUCUUAUCUUACCAUUGGUUUCCUCUCUUCCUCCUGUCCCUCAAGGUUAAUCUCCCACCCAUUGCUCCGUCUUACUCUCAGAAUCCUCUCCAUCAGAGACACUAAAACAAAGGCAUUAGAACAUCUGAACCCUUGUCGGGAAAUUCAAAAACUGUCUCCUGUCCUGAAGGUUUUUCUCCAGCAGAAAAGAUGACGAUGGAACUGGUCUCCCCAUCUUACGAGCUGGUGGAUUCCAGCCGUCCCAAAAAGGCUAUCCGAGCCCCCUUAAGGGUCUUGGAUCCCGGUCGGUCGAAACUGAGCACCGUCGAGACCAAGAGGAUCAUAUCUGUCUUGGAUGAAACCAUCUUCAAGAUAGAACUGGUCAGCGUCUUCUCCUACGUCAUCGAGAACUUCGAUGAGUUUAGCGCUAUCUUAGGUCCUGACCUCACAGGAGCCUUCCGAGAACAUCACCGGCUUUCAACCAUCCUCGAAUUUAUGCUCUCACACCCGGAGGAUGAAAAUAUUCUCUACAUAGGCUCCGGUAAAGGAACUUUCUUCGGCCUUGUGGAUACCGACGGUCAUCUCACGAUGCACAUUCAAGGCCUUAAAAGCUCAGUCCGAAAUAUUCUACGCCUGCUUUACACCAACACAGUUGCUUGCCAAGCUCUGAGAGAAGUUGCUUACACCAGGGACCCGUCCGUCCAUAAAUUCAUUAACUGUCUGUCCAAGCAGAGGGGCUUCCUCUUUGAGCAGCUCCUCACCACCCCUUUAGAAGAAAAGGAGAAAUGUCGUUUUUUGCACGAAGUCUUCCAGAGAGACAAGAAAAACACGGAGACCGCCGCAGGACUGGAAGACGAACUGACUGCCGCCGUCCAGAAUAGGGAUGACGAGAUUGCCAAGAAGAACGCCGUCAUCAAAGAACUGAAAACUCACUUGCACAACCUGGCCAAGUUCUCCGAAAGCCAAAUCCAGCGUACCCGGACCGAAGCCGAGAAGCAGCACAAAACGGAGGUGCGCACUUCCCAGGCGAAAUGCGCCAAGUUGCAACAGGAGCUGCAGCAGCUGCGUGCUCAGUUCAACGCCCUGGUGGCUGAAGAUCGGGAGACGGAACUCAACCUUCGGAAGAAAAAAUACAAGGUGGAAAUGGAGAUAGAAAAUUGGGUCCAAAAAUACGAUAUGGAAAUGAUUGAAAAGCAGGAGGAAAUCGACGAGAUCGAUGAAUUCUACGUGGUCGAGAAGCAGGAUCUGGCCCAACUGCGGGAGAAAUACACCCGGCUGGACGAGGAAUACUGCCAGAUCGUGGAGGAGAGGAGGGUCAAGCAGGAACAGAAGGACAAAGCCGAGAAGGAGCUGGCCAUCCUGGCGCGAGCCGCUACUCUGAUCCAGGCCGUGUGGAAGGGCUACUUAGUGAGGUCGUUGUUACGCAGCAAAAGGAAGAAGAAGGGGAAGGGGAAGAAGAGUACGGGCAGGAGAUGAGUCUCAAUCUCUGGCCGUUAUCUUAUUUUGGUGGGUGGGCCGUUCUGGGCAGUUUCGGAGAGGGAAGGAACCCUUGGGAGGUUCUGGGAUGUCCUUUAAUAAAGUUGAUCAUUUAAAAAAA